AUGGGCGAAACAGAGGAAGAAAAGAGAAUAGAAGAGAAAAAGGAAGAUCCCGCCGCCCAGGCAAAGCACGACGGCGAGGAUGAUGCGACCAAGAAGAAGCGCACGGCUGAUCGUCAAAUUACCAAGGACGAUGGAGAGGAUGACGACGACUCAGAUGAUGGCGACGCCAAGCUCAGUCAACCUUUUAAAAAGGCUUCCGAGGAGGUAUUGUCGAAACGCAAGAUUCUCAAAGUCAAACGGCCUGGUACCAAUGGUGAAUCGAAACCCAACAGUAGCAACCCCUUUGCAGCUACCAAACUGACUAGUUCCGAUGCAAAAGCAGGCGAUUCUGGUACAAAGGUCUUUGGAGGUGGCUCUGCCUUUUCGGGCUUUGGAGGAUUUGGUUCCAGUACCAGUGGCAGCUCGGCAGGAGGUGCUUUUGGAACCGCCUUUGGCAGCAAAUCUGGUUUUGGUAGUGCAUCCAGCAGCGGCGGUGGCUUUGGAGCAAAGGCAAAAGCUUCCUCUAGUUCGGAUGAUGAUACAUCAAAGCCUACUACUUCUUUGUUUGGAAAGCCGACAGGAUCUACCGGAUUCUCGUUUGGCUUUGCCAAGACAUCCACUACCAAGGAUAGCGAAUCAUCACCGGCAACAUCUGCCGCAGUGACAUUGCCCGACAAUGUCAAGCUCACCACCGGCGAAGAAGAUGAAGUCAAAAUGCACGAAGCUCGAUGCAAGUCAUUCAAAAUGGUAGCACAAAUCGAAGCCAAUGAAGCCACCGAAGAGCGCAAAGAAAGCGCAAAUCCAUCCGUCAAACCAUCGUCCAACUUUGAAAAUAAGAAUCAAGAGUCAUCCAAGUCGACUGAUGAGAAAGAAGGCGACGAAACGAAAGGACCUCAGCAUCGUUGGCAAGAAGUCGGCACGGGACCACUCAAGAUAUUGCGAUCCACGGAAAAUGGGGACAGGUUCCGCAUGGUACAACGACAAGAGUCGAGCAAAAAUGGUCCGGCCCACAAAGUUAUUCUUAAUGCUCCCUUGUGGAAAGAGGCAGCUUGCACAAAGCUUUCUGAGAAACAGUUGCGGCUGACCACCCCUGGCUCAGGUGAAUCUUCGACCUAUACUUUGAAAUUCAAGGAAGCGGGUGAAGCCACGGCGUUUUCCGAGUGCAUCAAGGAUGUUUGUUCAGAGGCCAAAUCAUGUUUUGAUGCUAGCGACGACUAG